AUGCAAUUUCAAAAUGAACAAUGUAAAAAACAAAUUGAAAAAUAUGAUGAACAAUUAAAACUUAUUGGUUCAGUUCAAUCAAGUGAAUUUAAAGCUAAAAUUGUUGAAACUAAAACAUAUGGUGAAAUAAUUGAAAAUGAAUUAAAAAAACUUGAUGUACAAAAUUUAACAAGACAUGUUCAUUUUUUAACAUUAUUUUUACCUGAACAAUUUCUUAAACGUGGUGCUGAUCAAGAUUGUAUACUUGUUCUUUUACUUAUACAUCGUUUAAUAUCUAAAUGUGAUUUAUUAAUAAAUGAAAUACAAAAAAAAUUUCCAAGAAUUGAUCAAUUAAAUUUUGAUGAUGUUGUUAAAUAA